AUGGGUUUGCUAAUUUAUUUAGCAGCUAUUGCACUUUAUCUAUUUUACAAAUGGGCAACAUCCACCUACGAUUACUUUGAAAAACAAGGAAUUUCGUUUAAAAAGCCAACAUUCUUAAUCGGAACAAAUGGAAAUAUUUUCUCGAGACGUAAGAAUUUCAUGCAACUUAUUGACGAAUGGUAUUAUGAAUUUCAAAACGAAAAACAUUUUUGUUCAACUUUUCCAUUAAAGUUUAAUGCUUUAAACGUGUGUAGAGUUUCUGGACUUUUCGAAUUUCGACUUCCAGUACUCUUUUUAAGAGAUCCAAAAAUAGUUAAACAAAUGGCAGUUAAAGAUUUUGAUUAUUUUAUGGAUCAUCGCGGCUUUGAAGCUAAUUCGAAGACUCAAAUCCCGUUGGAGUUCGACAAUGUUCCAUUCAAUGUUAAAACCAAAAUAGGCAUUUGGCUUUCAUUAAAACCACGAAAUAAUUGA